AUGGCCAAUCCCAAGGAGUUUGCGGGGGAGCUUUUUGUCACCUUAGCAAGACAGAGGAACCUGGAACCAGAGAAUGGAAUUACAAAAGAUGAAUUAAAGGAGUUAUGGGAAGAGAUGACAGACAACUUUGAUUCUUGCCUAUGGAUAUUCUUUGACAUGGAAUCAUCUCCUACAUUUCUCUUUUUCAGCACCAUGACAACAGAGUUAUUACAUGAUGAAGCAAUAUAUCCAGGCAAUGUCCCUUCAAUACAUAUCAAAAAGCCACCAGGGUUCAAAUACAAGAGUGGAAUGUGCCUGUUUGUCAAGUGUCCAGAUGCCUCACCCUUCGAACGGCACUCCUUCUCCAUCACUUCUGCACCAGGAGAUGACUACUUGAGUGUUCACAUCCGGACCUUGGGAGACUGGACAACAGAGCUCAGCAAGACCCAGCUUCCCAUGGAAAUAGAAUUCUCUUGCAGAUCCCCAAAGCUCCUGAUAGAUGGGCCUUAUGGUGCUCCUGAUAGAUGGGCCUUAUGGCUCGGAAUUGGUGCUACUCCAUUUAUCAGCAUACUAAAGGAUCUCCUCAACAAUCUGAAGUCAAAUGAGAAUGUUAUAGAAAUGCACAACUACUUGACCAGUAUCUAUGAAGUAGGUGAUGCAAGGUCAGCUCUGAUUGCAAUGGUUCAGUCACUACAACUUGCCAAGGAUGGAGUUGAUAUCGUCUCUGGCAGUCGGAUUCAGACCCACUUUGCAAGGCCAAACUGGAGGAAAGUGUUCUCAAACUUAGACAAUGCCCACAAGUCUUCUCAUGUGUCUUCUAUUGUGGAUCCUCAACGCAUACAAAACAACUGA